AUGGACGUACCCCACGCCCUUCUUCCUCCCUCCCCAUCCGCCCCCGGCCCAUCCCAUCCUCUCCCAUCCCCAGCAUAUAUCAUCGGACCUCUCCCUCCUACGACACCACUUCACCUCGCGCUCAACUAUCUCGCCUUCGAGGAUAGUCAGGUCUGCGCGUCCUCUCCGCCCGCACCCAGCCGCAAAGGCAAAGAGAAGGCCACUGCACCUCUUCCAUCAGAACCGAUUGUCGCUCCUUCGAGGGUAUUGAUCCUGACUGGUACGAAAGGGGACUUUCAGGACUGUAUUGAGCGCGAAAACGAACGGUGGAUCCGUGAUCAUGGUGGAAUAUUCGACGUCAUGCAUAGGCUCAAGAGGGUGGAUAUGAGGUACUGUCCAACCCCUGAGCAUCUCCAGCUAUACUUGACGAUGGUAUCGAGCUCCUUCGGCAGAUCACGAGACCAACAAGAAUGUCAUCAGCUCGAGAAAGCCCCGAGUUUGAUCAUUGUGUACGAUGCAGCGGCGAUGUUUCUGGAAGAAAGGCUGGUGGACGAGGAGCCAGAUGAUAGCGAGAGCGCUAUGGAGCAAGAUCGUCGUCAGGGGAAGUGGCAAUUCAAGCCCGGCGUAUGCAUACACGACUACCUCAACUUGCUCGCUGCUGCUAAAGCGACUGCCAACCAUUUCUCCUGUAGUGACCCAUCUGGGAAAGCUGCGCGUCUGGUGAUGUUGGAACCCCGCUUGGAUCUUACAGCAACAAUACCCAUCCACGACUUGACUGGCAAAGGCAUCGACGAGGAAGCCACAGCUAGAAAGACAUGGGAGGAGAAGAAGGUUCCCAUACUCGAUGGAGUCAGGCGCGUCUUUGGGUGGUCGUCUGUUGGUACUGUAAAAGAAUCAGCUAUGUCGCAAGACCAAAACGACUAUGUGGUCUCUGGGCAGGGGAAGAUAUAG